AUGCAGACAAGCCAUCGUUCGACUGGCUUUUAUGCUGUUCUGCGGCAGAAGCGUCUUCUUGUCCCACCUUCGCUAUGGACGUCGCGCCACCUUGAUAUACUGGGAUGCCAGUUCCAAGAGAUACGCUCCUUGCCCAGUUCUGGUGCCGAGUCCCACACGUCUAGUUUAUCCUCUGUCGACCCCAAAUUGAAGGAUGACUCAGGUAGUGAUGCUGCACGUCUGGCAAGGUCUGGUGCUGUUCUUAUCAAGCUGUUCACUUUGGUCAACAUCCUUGACUAUGAAGGUAGCCCUUUAAAAACACGGAAAACUGGAAGAAUCAACUUCUAUUUCGCCGGUCGAGUUGUCCAUCGCCUCGAAUGCGCCACUUUCUGGCGCGGUCUUCAAGAUACCCAGUCAGAGCAUAGUCCUGCCGACCUCUUAGUUGGAUACUUCAAUUACAACGAUCGGGCAGGAUACCGCCGGGAAUGUGAUCAGGAACGGCGAGCUCGGCGCCUGGGACACACGCCAGUGGCCCAUAGGUCAGCCGGCGAAAAUCGGCUCCUUACGAGAGAUUGGAAGAGUGAUCCUUAUCUGGUCUGUGUGCUCUUGUCUCUCGGGCAGCUGCAGCGGCGACUGUGCCACCCCAAGCACCAGAAUACCUACGCUUCACAUCUCCUGGUAACAAAUGCUUCAGACAGCCAAUUCAUAUAUCUUUACGAAAUGCAGAUUCCCAACGAGAUCCUCAGGGCCCUUGACACCCCAAAUACCGCAAACUGCGUCGAAUGGCCACCGAUCCGACGCAGUAGGAUUCCCUUUCAGCCAUAUGACACCUUCCGGCGCCGACUCGAAGAAGUAUUGCUGAAAGAGGGAUAG